CCAAGCAGAAUGGAGUGAAAGAUAGCAGAGCUAGCUGGGCAGAGCAAAGAAGAAGAUGCUAGAGAGGGUGCUGUCUUCCCGGAGAGCAGGCGGGCCGGUGAACGAGGACGGCGACGACGACAGUACCGGAGACGAAUCCAAGACCCGAAAGCACACCUUUACCCCAAUGCGGUUCAUCAACUACCUGACCCGAACGGGUCACAUCUGGCCCUGCCUCCUCAUAGGCCUCGUCGUCGUAGUAAUCACUUCCUUCAUUGUCCACACUCGCGAUUUGGUCUGCAUCUCCGCCUCCUCUGCCGAUCACACCUCGCGCCUCCGCUUCUUCGGCUUCGACGGCCUCGAAUCUGAUUUCGGAUCUCUGGGUGUGCCCUGGUGCAGAUCGAAACUUGGCAAAACUGUUGAAUGGACCACAAAAGAUUUACUCGAAGGUUUGGAGGAGUUUGUGCCAAUAUAUGAAACACGUCCAAUCAAGAAUAACAUGUAUGGGAUGGGAUUUGACCACAGUUUUGGGUUAUGGUUCGUCACCAGAUGGUUGAAGCCAGACUUGAUGAUUGAGAGCGGUGCUUUCAAGGGACACUCAACCUGGGUUUUGAGACAAGCAAUGCCAGAUACACCAAUCAUAUCGCUUUCACCUCGUCAUCCUGAGAAGUACCUCAAGAAGGGACCUGCUUAUGUUGAUGGAAAUUGCACAUACUUUGCUGGAAAAGACUUUGUCGACUUUGGCAGUGUUGAUUGGGCAAUAGUUCUGAAGAAACAUGGAAUAGAAGAUAUUAGUCGUGUUAUUGUCUUUUUUGAUGACCAUCAGAAUGAAUUGAAAAGAUUAAAGCAAGCUCUUGAAGCUGGAUUCAGGCAUCUUGUCUUUGAAGACAACUAUGAUACUGGUACAGGAGAUCAUUAUUCCUUGAGGCAGAUAUGUGAUCAAUUCUAUAUAAGAGGCGGUGGCCACAGCUGCUUUAAGGAUAGCGAUGAAGCUAGGAUAAGAUCAAGAAGGAAGAAAUUCUGGGAAAAAGCUGUUGAUACAGAGGAACUUUGUGGGCCAGGUGAAGCAUGGUGGGGUGUGAGAGGUUAUAUGCGGGAUAAUUUUAAUCACAGCAAUAAGGUAAUCACCUACGCUGAACAUUUUCAGAACAGCAGGUUUGUAGAAUCAGUACUCGAUGUGUACUGGGAGCUCCCCCCUGUAGCUGGCCCUUCACUAACUCAUCAAAUGAGAUACGACCCAGCUCGUGCAUCAACUCCCAUCGUUGAAGAUGGCAGAUAUGGAUUAUUCCAGAGACUUGGCUUAUCUAGAUUCGACAAUUCUGUAUUUAAUGGAUACACACAAAUGGUAUACGUUCAGGUCUCUCCGCAAGAAUCUUAGCCCCCGCUGAAGUUGGUGCAAAAAGAGGUUUUCAGUUACCCAGUGCCGUCUGUAGUGUUCAUUACAUGCUAUCUCCUUAUUUUUUCUUCUUUUAUUUCAUUUUUUGUUUGUUUUGCAUGUACUCUGAGUUCUGACAUAGCUUUCUUGCUGUCAAUAUUAAGUUACAUAAUCGAAACCUAUUUCUCCCA